CUUCCAAGCUCGGACUCAGCCACCAGCUCGCGCCUCGGCUCCCCCUCCCGGGCCCCCUCCCCGGAGCCCACCGAGGGCCCCUCUCCCGCCCCCAGCCGCCAGCCAGCACCGCAGCCGCGGGGGGCUGUCCCCCGCCAGCCUGCCUCCCUCCAACACAGCCCUGCCAGAGCCCCCCCGACCAUGAAUCUCUUCCGAUUCCUGGGAGACCUCUCCCACCUCCUGGCCAUCAUCUUACUGCUCCUCAAAAUCUGGAAGUCCCGUUCCUGUGCCGGCAUCUCCGGGAAGAGCCAGGUCCUGUUUGCCGUGGUUUUCACCGCCCGCUACCUGGACCUCUUCACCAACUAUAUCUCCCUCUACAACACGUGCAUGAAGGUGGUCUACAUUGCCUGCUCCUUCACCACGGUCUGGAUGAUUUACAGCAAGUUCAAAGCCACUUACGAUGGGAACCACGACACCUUCCGAGUAGAGUUCCUUGUUGUCCCCACGGCCAUCCUGGCGUUCCUGGUCAACCACGAUUUCACCCCGCUGGAGAUCCUCUGGACCUUCUCCAUCUACCUGGAGUCCGUGGCCAUCCUGCCGCAGCUCUUCAUGGUCAGCAAGACGGGCGAGGCGGAAACCAUCACCAGCCACUACCUGUUUGCGCUGGGCGUCUACCGCACGCUCUAUCUCUUCAACUGGAUCUGGCGCUACCACUUUGAGGGCUUCUUCGACCUCAUCGCCAUCGUGGCGGGCCUGGUUCAGACAGUCCUCUAUUGCGACUUUUUCUACCUCUACAUCACCAAAGUCCUAAAGGGGAAGAAGUUGAGUUUGCCAGCAUAG